AUGUCGUUCGCCGGUGGUAAAAAUGAAAAUAUAAAAACGGAAAUGAUGACAUCAUCACCUUAUGAAUGGUUAAAAUAUUGUGUUGAUUUAUUAGAAAAUUUUAAUGUUCUAGAACCUUCUAUGGAAAAAUCACAAAGGGUUAAAAAAAUAGAUUUUACGUUAAAUGAAAAAUGUGAAAGUGAUGAUAAAAUAUUGAAAUUAUGCGAAGACGUUAUAAAAAACAGCGUUUUAACAAAUCAUCCACAUUUUCAUAAUCAACUUUACGGCGGUACCGAUCCAUAUGGAUUAGUUGGAGGUUUUAUUACCGAAGCGUUAAACACAAAUCAGGUAACAUUCGAAAUCGCACCCGUAUUCACAUUAAUCGAAUCCGAAUUAUAUAGAAAAUUAUCAUCAUUAAUAGGAAUCAUUAACGGUGAUGGAAUUUUUUCACCAGGAGGAAGUUUAAACAACAUGUACGCAAUGGUUUUAGCAAGAUAUAAAUUAAAUCCGGAUAUAAAAAAAAAGGGGGUCUAUUGUAUGAAUAAAUUGGUUGCGUUCACAUCAGAAGACUCUCAUUAUUCCAUAAUGAAAGGAGUUAAUUGGAUCGGUAUCGGUAUCGAUAACGUUAUUAAAAUAAAAACGGAUGAUUUUGGUAAAAUGAUACCGGAUCAUUUGGAAAAAAUGAUAAUUAAAACAAAAGAAGAAGGACGGGUGCCAUUUUUUGUUAACGUCACCGCAGGUACGACGGUUUUGGGUGCUUUCGAUCCUAUUGAAAUAAUUAACGAUAUUUGUAGUAAAUAUAACCUGUGGAUGCACGUGGACGCUUGCUGGGGAGGAAGUUUAUUAUUUUCUAAAAAAUAUUCAAAAGUAUUAAAAGGAUUAAACAAAGCUGAUUCUGUAUCAUGGAAUCCACACAAAAUGCUGGGUGCUCCUUUACAAUGUUCAAUUUUUUUAACGAAACAUAAGGAAAUACUACACGAGUGUAAUUCAGCAUCAGCAACAUAUUUAUUCCAACAGGAUAAAUUUUACGAUGUCAGUUACGAUACGGGUGAUAAGAGUGUACAAUGCGGUAGAAAAGUUGAUUGUUUUAAAUUAUGGCUUAUGUGGAAAGCGAGAGGAGAUACUGGAUUUGAAAAAUUAGUCGAUCAAGCCAUGGAAUGUUCCAGAUAUUUUAAAGAUAAAAUAACAAACAGACCUGGUUUUCAACUUGUCUUACCUGAAUUCGAAUGCACAAAUGUUUGUUUCUGGUACAUUCCAGUAAGAUUAAGAAAUAUGGAACAAACUGAUGAAUGGUGGAACGAAUUGGAAAAGGUUGCACCUAAAAUAAAAGAACAACUCACAUAUGCUGGAUCAUUAAUGAUAGGUUAUCAACCUUUAAAUCAUAAAAAUUUUAAAAAUUUUUUUAGAAUGGUUAUAACAUGUCAUCCUAUAAGAACUUAUCAACACAUGGAUUAUGUUAUCGAACAAAUCGAAUUAUGGGGUGAAAAAAUUUAA